AUGAGUAAAUUAACUGUUGUUGCAUCUCCACUUGCUCCAGAAGCUGUUGGUGCUUAUUCUCAAGCUAUUAUUUGUAAUGGUAUGGUUUAUUGUAGUGGACAAAUUGGAUUAGAUAGAAAAACUGGUGAUUUUGCUGGUAAAACUAUUGAAGAACAAUCUAAACAAGUUAUGACAAAUCUUAAGUAUGUUCUUGAAGAAGCUGGUUCUUCUAUGGACAAAGUCGUAAAGACUACCUGCCUUCUUGCUGAUAUUAAAGACUUUGGAGUCUUUAAUGGUAUUUAUGCUGAAGCUUUUGGAAAUCAUAAGCCUGCUAGAGCUUGUUUCGCUGCAGCUGCUCUUCCAAAAGGUGCUUUAGUUGAAGUUGAAUGCAUUGCUACUCUCUAA